AUGGACGAGGAUGGGCCGAGAGCCGCGGAGGAGCAGGACCCGGAGGAGGACCACUCCAAGACCUUCGUCCGCCUCAACGAUCUCUCCGGAGACGGAGGUCGCUCGGGCCCGGGGGACAAAGAGAAAGAUCCGGGCAGCGGCGACUCGGAGAGCGAAGGGCUCCCUUACCCGGCCCUGGCCCCCACCGUCUUCUUCUACCUGAGCCAGCACAGCCGCCCCAGGAGCUGGUGCCUGCGGAUGGUGUGCAACCCCUGGUUUGAAAGGGCCAGUAUGCUGGUGAUUCUCCUGAACUGUGUUACGCUGGGCAUGUUUCAUCCGUGUGAAGAUACGGACUGUGAUUCCCCACGCUGCAAGAUUCUCCAGAGUUUUGAUGACUUUAUCUUUGCCUUCUUUGCUGUGGAAAUGAUAAUCAAGAUGAUUGCACUAGGGAUUUUCGGGAAGAAGUGCUACCUGGGCGACACAUGGAAUCGUCUGGAUUUUUUCAUUGUCAUAGCUGGCAUGCUGGAAUACUCUCUGGACUUGCAGAAUGUCAGUUUUUCAGCUGUUCGAACUGUCAGGGUGCUCCGGCCUUUGAGAGCCAUUAACAGAGUUCCUAGUAUGCGCAUCCUGGUUACUCUCCUCUUAGACACACUCCCCAUGUUGGGGAAUGUUCUCCUACUCUGUUUUUUUGUCUUCUUCAUCUUUGGUAUUGUUGGAGUCCAGCUUUGGGCAGGGCUGCUCAGGAACCGCUGCUUCUUAGAAGAAAACUUCAGUUUCCCUUACACAGUUGAGCUGGAACCCUAUUACCAGACCGAGAAUGAAGACGAAAGCCCUUUCAUCUGCUCUCAGCCUCGAGAGAAUGGAAUGCGUUACUGCCGUAGCAUCCCAACACGGAGGGAAGAAGGCCUGGAAUGUACACUAAACUAUUAUUCCUACAAUGACACCACUAACACCUCUUGUGUAAAUUGGAACCAGUAUUACACAAACUGUUCUGCUGGGGAGCACAACCCUUUCAAAGGAGCAAUCAAUUUUGAUAACAUUGGCUAUGCGUGGAUUGCAAUAUUUCAGGUCAUCACCCUAGAGGGCUGGGUAGAUAUCAUGUACUUCGUUAUGGAUGCCCAUUCCUUCUACAACUUCAUCUAUUUCAUUCUCCUGAUCAUUGUUGGUUCUUUCUUCAUGAUCAAUCUCUGCCUAGUGGUCAUAGCAACCCAGUUUUCAGAGACCAAGCAACGAGAGAGCCAGCUGAUGAAAGAGCAGCGAAUCCGCUACCUCUCCAAUGCAAGCACUCUGGCCAGCUUUUCAGAGCCAGGGAGCUGCUAUGAUGAACUUCUGAAAUAUCUCAUCUACAUCCUUCGGAAGGCCAGCAAGCAGCUGGUGGAAGCCUACCGAACCACAGGGGUGAAAAUGGGGUUUCUUUCCAGCCCAGGCAGCAAAACCAGUGCAGAGAGACAGCCAUGCAAGCGUCGGCCACAGAAAAGGUCAUCAGUGCAUCAUCUCAUUCACCACCACCACCAUCACCAUCACCACUAUCACCUGGGCAAUGGAAGCCUACAGGCACCGCGUGCCAGUCCUGAAAUCAGUGAUGUUGAAACCAGCUCCCUUCACAAUGGAGCCAAUAGGCUAAUGCUCCCUCCUACAGCCAAUCCUCAUGCUGCUUCCAGCAACACUGAAUCUGUUCACAGCAUCUAUCAUGCAGACUGUCAUUUUGAGCCACUCCGUUACAGAUCAUCUCUCCCUCAACCUGGCCUCAGUUUAACUGGCCCAGAGGUGUUUCCCAGGACUGUGGUUGGCAGCAAGGUCUACCCUACUGUGCACCCAAGUAGCUCCCAUGAGCUGCUGAAAGAUAAAUGUGUAGGUGAGCCUGCAAUCAAUCCUGGGGCUAACACCUUGAUGAACCUUAACAUCCCUCCGGGUCCAUAUAGCACCAUGCAGAAACUACUGGAGACACAGAGCACUGGGCCUUGUCAAAGCUCCUGCAAGAUUUCCAGCCAGUGUGGGAAACCCGACAGUACUUGCAACCCUGAUAGUUGUCCAUACUGUGUGAAGACCUUGGCUAAUGAACCAGAGCUGACAGACAAUGAGAUGGGAGAGUCUGACAGUGAUGGGGUUUAUGAAUUUACCCAGGAUGCUCACUAUAAUGAUCAGAGGGACCCUCAACGAUGGAAAGCCCCAGGAAGAAAAACUUUAAAAUGUCUAGCCUUUUGGAAUGUGGUUUGCGAGACCUUUCGGAAGAUUGUAGAUAGCAAGUACUUUGGCCGUGGAAUCAUGAUUGCUAUCCUGAUCAAUACCCUCAGCAUGGGGAUUGAGUAUCAUGAGCAGCCUGAAGAACUUACCAAUGCUCUGGAAAUCAGCAAUAUUGUCUUCACUAGUCUUUUUGCUCUAGAAAUGCUUCUGAAGCUCCUUGUGUAUGGCCCUUUUGGCUACAUCAAAAGUCCAUACAAUAUCUUUGAUGGAAUAAUUGUAGUAAUCAGUGUCUGGGAGAUAGUGGGACAGCAGGGUGGAGGCCUGUCUGUUCUACGAACCUUCCGUCUUAUGCGGGUCCUGAAGUUGGUUCGUUUCAUGCCUGCUCUCCAGCGCCAGCUAGUGGUCCUCAUGAAAACAAUGGACAAUGUGGCCACUUUCUGCAUGUUGCUGAUGCUUUUCAUCUUUAUCUUCAGUAUCCUUGGGAUGCACCUCUUUGGCUGUAAGUUUGCUUCAGAGAGAGAUGGAGACACUCUUCCUGACAGGAAGAACUUUGAUUCUUUGCUCUGGGCCAUCGUUACUGUUUUCCAGAUACUGACUCAGGAAGACUGGAAUAAAGUCCUCUACAAUGGCAUGGCUUCUACCUCUUCCUGGGCUGCCCUCUACUUCAUCGCCCUUAUGACAUUUGGGAAUUAUGUUCUUUUUAAUUUAUUGGUGGCCAUCUUGGUGGAAGGUUUUCAGACAGAGGAAAUCACCAAACGGGAAGCAGCGAGUAGGCAGUUAAGCUGUAUUCAGCUGCCUGUCGACUCGUCAGCGGGUGAUGCCUCUAAGUCUGAUUCUGAUGGGGAGCUUUUCCCACGUAGUUUGGAAGAAGAAUGUGGACUUAAGAAAAACUUUUCAAAUCCAGCCAUGAUGGCUCUUUGUGACCACCCAGAGCUAAAGAAGAGCUUGACCCCUCCGCUCAUCAUUCAUACAGCUGCUACACCAAUGCCCAUGCCAAAAAGUGCCAUGUAUGGAGAAGCAGCUCAGGGUUAUGAUUCCCGAAGAGCUAGCAGCAUCUCCAUGGAUCCUAAUGCAUAUGAUCUCAAAUCCCCGAUGAGCACCCGGAGUUCUCCACAUAGUCAUUGGAGUGCAGGCAGUAGCUGGAACAGCCGCAGGUCGAGCUGGAACAGCAUUGGGAGAGCUCCCAGCCUGAAACGCCGAAAUCAAAGUGGAGAACGCAAGUCUCUUCUGUCAGGGGAUGGAAAGCAGAGUUCAGAGGAAGGGGGAAGUUCUGAUGAAGAGAGGUCCAGCCAGACUGGGAGCAUUAAUGGCUCUAUACCUCACCGCAUGCAGUCAUUGGAAACCAAAGGCUCCUUUGACUUCCAAGAUUCUUUGCAGGUGCCUUCUCUUUACCGGACCAGCAGCAUGCACAGCAGCCAGACCUCUGCAUCAGAGCACCAAGACUGCAAUGGCAAAACAUCUGCAAGGGUUCUGAUACAACAGCUUCAUUUGGGAGAUCUGCCUCCUGAAUGCGAUGAUUUAGAUGAUGAAGACAACUUGAGUAAAAAGGACCGUAUGAAGGCUUGGAUAAGGGCACACCUACCCACCUGGUGUAAAGAAAGAGAUUCCUGGUCUGUCUACAUCUUUGCUCCGCAGUCUAAAUUUCGUCUGGUAUGCAAUAAAAUCAUCACUCAUAAGAUGUUUGAUCAUGUUGUAUUGGUUAUAAUUUUUCUGAACUGCAUCACCAUUGCUAUGGAACGCCCCAAAAUUGAGCCACACAGUGCUGAACGAAUUUUCCUGACACUCUCCAACUACAUUUUCACAGCAAUUUUCCUGGCUGAAAUGACUAUAAAGGUGGUGGCACUAGGCUUGUGCUUUGGUGAAAAGGCAUACCUGAGAAGCAGUUGGAAUAUGCUGGAUGGAGUGCUGGUUCUCAUCUCCAUUAUUGACAUCCUGGUUUCAAUGGUUUCUGACAGCGGCACAAAAAUUCUUGGAAUGCUAAGAGUCUUGAGGCUGCUGCGAACUCUCCGACCAUUAAGGGUCAUUAGCCGAGCACAAGGGCUGAAGCUAGUGGUGGAAACCCUGAUGUCAUCCCUAAAACCUAUUGGAAACAUUGUUGUGAUUUGCUGCGCUUUCUUCAUCAUUUUUGGCAUCUUGGGAGUCCAGUUAUUCAAGGGGAAGUUUUUUGUCUGCCAAGGGGAGGAUACGAGGAACAUCACCAACAAAUCAGACUGUGCAGAAGCCAGCUACAAAUGGGUCCGGCACAAGUAUAAUUUUGAUAAUCUCGGCCAGGCCUUAAUGUCUCUAUUUGUUUUGGCCUCCAAAGAUGGGUGGGUGGACAUCAUGUAUGAUGGAUUGGAUGCUGUAGGAGUGGAUCAGCAGCCAAUCAUGAACUAUAACCCUUUGUUCGUGGGAGUUGUGGUGGAAAAUUUUCAUAAGUGCCGUCAACAUCAGGAGGAAGAAGAAGCCAAGAGACGAGAGGAGAAGAGACUCCGUCGGCUGGAGAAAAAGAGAAGGAAUCUAAUGCUGGAUGAUGUAAUAAUGGAGAGCUCAGCCAGUGCAGUACCAGAAGCACAGUGUAAACCCUACUACUCUGAUUACUCUCGCUUCCGACUUCUGAUUCACCAGAUGUGCACCACCCAUUAUCUGGAUUUGUUCAUCACAGGCGUGAUUGGGCUGAAUGUCAUUACCAUGGCCAUGGAGCACUACCAGCAACCUAAGGUUCUUGAUGAAGCCCUGAAGAUUUGCAAUUACAUCUUCACCGUCAUCUUUGUCAUGGAAUCUGUUUUCAAACUCAUUGCAUUUGGGUUUCGACGGUUCUUCCAAGACAGAUGGAACCAAUUAGAUUUGGCAAUCGUGCUGUUGUCUAUUAUGGGGAUCACACUGGAGGAGAUCGAAGUGAAUGCAUCACUGCCCAUUAACCCCACCAUUAUCCGCAUCAUGAGAGUCCUGAGGAUUGCUCGAGUGUUGAAAUUGUUAAAGAUGGCUGUAGGGAUGCGAGCUCUGCUGGACACAGUCAUGCAAGCAUUGCCACAGGUGGGAAAUCUGGGUCUUCUCUUCAUGUUGUUGUUUUUCAUAUUUGCAGCACUUGGAGUGGAGCUGUUUGGAGAUCUUGAAUGUGAUGCUACUCAUCCCUGUGAGGGCUUAGGGCGGCAUGCAACUUUUCGCAACUUUGGGAUGGCCUUUCUCACACUCUUCCGUGUAUCCACAGGAGACAACUGGAAUGGGAUAAUGAAGGACACGCUGCGGGACUGUGAUGAGGAAUCCACCUGUUACAACACAGUCAUCUCACCUAUCUACUUUGUCUCCUUUGUGUUGACCGCCCAAUUUGUCCUGGUGAAUGUGGUGAUUGCUGUGCUCAUGAAACACCUGGAGGAAAGCAACAAGGAAGCUAAAGAGGAAGCAGAGCUGGAACUGGAGCUGGAAAUGGAAAUGAAGACAAUCACCUCGGGUCAGCACCCAUCUUCCGACGCAUUCAUGUGGACAGGCAUUAAUACAGGGGAAAGGCCUGACAGCCCUGGAGGAUAUGCCAAUCCCAUGCAAAUCAAGGUGGAUUCUCAGCUCUCAUUAGUUCACCCUAUGGAAAGACACUUGUUUGAUACCAUAUCACUGCUGAUCCAGGAAUCUUUGGAAGGAGAGCUGAAGCUGAUGGACAACCUGUCAGGCUCUGUGUGCCAUCAUUAUGCCCUUCCAACUACUGAAAAUUACAGCUCUGAGAAACAGAUCCCUCUAGCUGAGAUGGAGGCUCUGUCUCUGACGUCAGAUAUUCUGUCUGAAAAUUCCUGGUCCUUAGCUCUGACGGAUGACUCUUUUCCUGAUGAUAAUAACACAUUCUUACUUAAUGCCCCGGAAAACAAUACUGAUCUUCCCUCGGGGAAUGACCCUCUGACUCUCUCUCCAAGCAAGGAUCUGCUGAGUGUAAGGAAGCCUACUGUGGGCCGCACCCACUCUUUGCCAAAUGACAGCUAUAUGUUCCAGAGUCCCGAUACUGGCACCUAUGAAGUUUCCUCUACAGAAAAGAACCCAUCCCAUCAAAAAUCUCAGUCAGGUUCAACAACAUCGGUGCAGUCUCAGCCAGCAAACAUUGAUGCUCUCCUACAAAUUCCAAGAGAUUUCUUCCAUCCUCUCAAGCUCCACUCCAAUCUAGACUGGAGAAGCAAAUCCAAAGCCCCCACAUCUGUGCAUUCUCCUUCUGCAGAACGGUUACUUCGCAGACAGAUGGCAAUAAGGAAUGACUCCUCGGAGACCCACAGCUCAGAAAGCAAAGAGAACAUCCAUGCCGAGGUGAGUGAACUCUCUGAUCCAAAUUUGUCAGCACCGUCCACUGAAGAUCUGUCAGUCAUUCUGAGGCCCUCAGAAGCACAAGAUUCAGCUAGCUGGGGGCGAUCAAGUGUUCACACUCAACAACAUUCUCUCAAUCAGUAUAACAUUUGCAAGCACGUGCCGGAUUCGUGUGCCUGUACAGACUCCCUUCAGGAACUGCCUGGAGACCCGAUGGAUCAAGAAGUAUCAGAAAUAAAUAGCUCUUUUACUUCAGGAACAUGUUCUGCCAUGAGUGCCUCGUCAGUGGUUCAGCCGGAGACCCCUAAGAGAAAUGUAGGCAACAGUGGCAAUGUGACUUUGAAGGACCUGAAGAAAUGCUAUAGUGUAGAUACGCAGGGUCUUCUUAAAAAACCUUCAUCUUGGUUAGAUGAUCAAAGGAGACAUUCCAUAGAAAUUUGUUCCAUGGAAAACAGCCCUCAGCAUCAUUCCACAUCUAGCUCUUCUGGCUUCAUAAGUCAGGUCUUAAGUGAAAUGGAAGGUUUACAAGGAACACGACAGAAGAAAAAACCGAGUCCCCCCUGUAUAUCCAUAGACCCACCUAAUGAACAGAGUUUGUUACGGAGAGGAUCUCACACUGCAUCGUCUUCCAGUGCAGAAGUUUGCCUGGAGAGGCCUGCGCCGUCUUGGGAUUCCAAAGAUUCCAUGGACGCGGGGGACUUGGCACUUCCACACAGUAUGUCAGUAUCUCCAGCCCCAAAGAAAGACUUGUUGACACUUCCUAGUUUUUCCUUUGAUCAACCAGAUGCAGACCCUUGA